AUGGAAAAGUUUCGCUUGGUGCAGCUGACGCAGGAAGCGCUCAAGUUGCAGUGCAAGACUGACGACCACGAGCACUGGGGAGCGCCUCUUCUAAGCGUCGAGCAAUGGCAGCGGAAGGAUGAAGCGCAGCGUGUCACGCGCUUCUCCCAAGCGGGGGCGCUCUACUGGGCUCUAGUGGACAGAACAGAGGAGGACUCAUCCACAAGUGACGCAGGUCUUGUGGCAGGUCGAGAUCUACUCUACUGUCAUUGCAAGACCCUUCGCUUCGACUGUGUCUAUCGCCAUAGCUCUGGGAAAGUUGAGCGUGGAUAUUCGUACCAAGUCAGUUCGGUCUUCACGCUCCCGGAUUUCCGCAAGCGCGGGCUUGCGAGUUUCUUCCUAACAGAAGUGGCCAACCAACUGGAGAAACUACCAAAACCUCUGAUCUCGGUACUGUACUCGGACGUUGGGCCAACGUUCUACGACAAGCUCGGUUGGAAAUGCCAUCCGUCCAAGGCAGCAACACUGGAGGUUGACCACCCUCAAAACGCUACCACUGCUGCCACCAGCAUCAAGCUAGAAUCGAUGUUCCUUGAUGAUAACCUGGCCACGUUCCUGGAGACUGACAAUGCCCGGCUGGUGGCAGAACUGUCAGGUGAUAAGUUUGAAAAGAAGGAGGCGUUCUUGAUCCUACCAACACGUGACUCGAUCGAGUGGCAGUUCAUCAACGGCGUGCACUACGCUCGAGUGGCAGGGUUCGAGGGGCUGCCAACAUGUUGCGGUGUAAAGCUUAACGACAACGCUUUCGUGCUCUGGUGGCACAACUUGAAGGAGUCGACGCUGUACGUGAGUCGUGCUCGAUUCCCAGAUUCCGGUGACAAUGCCGCCGCGGCUACGCGUGUGUUGCUGGAUGCUGCGCUGCAAGAAGCACGCAAGUUCAAGCUGAAGAAGGUCGUGAUCUGGGACCCACCGUCUGGUUUGGUGCGCAACGAAGUACGCCGUCUCCUCGAGAUUGAGGUUGCUGAGCGCAAACUUUCUGAGUCGAGUGCCAUGGUGUUUCGCCAUUGGAACGCGCAAGAGGGUGCAACGACAGCACUACCUCACUGGCUCUGCAACGAGAAGUAUGCUUGGGUCUAAAUUCAAACAAACCGGUAGCUGUUGGGCGAGGAUCUUCCAGAGCUGCGAGAAAGGCGCAAGGUGCGACCAACCAAAACCUGUGCCACCUCAAAGUUGAUAAUACAUAAAUAAUUGAAUUCAC